AUGCCCCCCAUCCAGAAAUACAAAAUCUCCCACCCCUACCUCGACAUUUCCUGCGGGUUAGGCGAAGCACCUUUUUACGAAAAGUCCCACCACUCGCUCCGAUUCGUGGAUAUUGUGAAGAAAAAAUUACAUACGAUUGAUCUUGAUGAGGGAGUUGCUUCGCAUCGGGAAUUUGAUUUGGAGUUUUCGAUUGGCACGACGGCGGAUGUCGAGGGUGUGGAGGGGAAGUUUGUUUUUGGAGGAAAGAGCGGAUAUGGAGUUUUUGAGAGGGAGACGGGAAAACAUUGGAUCAUCAAGGAAAUGUGGAGUGAUGCGGAGAAGAAAGAUGAUGGUGGUGGAAAGCCAAAAAAGGGCACAUCACGCUGCGAUCGCAUGAGAUCGAAUGAUGGAUCCGUGGACACCAAAGGUCGUUUUUACGUGGGAGCCAUGAACGACCCAGCAGUUCUCGGCGAUGCAGACAUUACCGAUGAAGGCAUCAUCUUCCGACUCGAUCCCGAUCUGAGUAUCCAUCGCAUCAAGGAAAACAUCCGAAUCCCCAAUGGCAUGUCCUGGACGCGCGAUAACAAGACCAUCUACAUGACGGAUUCUCCCACAUUUGAAAUUCAGCAAUUCCCCUAUGACGCCGAGACGGGCACAAUCUCGCUGGAGCAGGGCACGACAUUCUUCAAAUGUCCCAUUGAAGGAGGCCAGCCGGAUGGACACUGUCAGGACGAAGAAGGUCAUUUCUGGAUAGCACUCUACGGAACGGGCAAAGUCGUGCGUGUCAAUCCCCAAGGUGAAGUAGUGGCGGAAGUCGAAGUUCCCACUCGCUGUGUGACGUGUCCGGAGCUCUGUGGCACGUCGUUGUUCAUCACGUCGGCGGCGGAGGAAGAUCCGGAAAAGUAUCCUUGGAGCACAAAGUACCAAGGAGCGUUGUUUGAGGUUGAUGUGGGAGUUCGAGGGUUACCGAGGAACAAAUUCAAGCCUGCUGCGGGUGUCGUGUUGUAGGGCUGGCCAUUCAGGAUGCUAUAUGCAUGCUUUACCGUAUAAAAAUGCGAUAUGGAGCAGAUUGUUGCAGGAUGCACGUAGCGCUAGGUAAUUCUCAAGUACAUGUAGCCCGUCUGCCAAUACAUGCAGUAGUAGGCGGAAUGAAAGCAGCCGUACCAUACCUGUACCAUACUAUACCAC